CAACACUCUUAAAACCCUUCCUGAGUUGGGAGGCGUUGAAGAAGAAACAGCUGUAGCAGUAUCCAAUCUUUUCCAUGGAUUCUUCUUCUCCAUCAGAGACCUCAGUUCCUUCAGAAGCUCCAAGCAAAAGUGCACUCAAAAGAGAAGCGAAGAUGAAGAAGAAGGAAGAGGACAGACGAGCGAAAGAGGAAGAGAAGAAGGCUGCUUCACAGGCAAGCUCACAGGUUCAGAAGGCGCAAGCAGCAGAUGACGAAGAUAUGGACCCAACUCAAUACUAUGAAAAUAGGCUGAAAGUCCUUGCAUCCCUAAAGGAAAGUGGAAUCAACCCAUAUCCUCACAAGUUCCAGGUUUCCUUGUCUAUAGUGGAAUAUAUUGAUAAGUAUGGGAGCUUGAACGAUGGAGUUCAUCUUGAGGAUGCUGUCGAGUCUCUAGCUGGGAGAAUCAUGAACAAGCGAACUUCUUCCUCCAAGCUGUACUUCUAUGAUCUGUAUAGUGAGGGCGCUAAAGUUCAAGUAAUGGCUGAUGCUAGGCACUCAGACAUUGGUGAAGCUGAAUUUUCUAGAUUCCAUUCUGGUACCAAACGUGGUGAUAUUGUUGGUGUCACUGGAUUUCCAGGAAAGAGUAAAAGAGGCGAGCUUAGUAUUUUCCCAAAAACAUUUGAGGUCCUUGCCCCAUGCCUCCACAUGAUGCCGAGGCAGAAAGCUGGUCAUGAUAAUACGAAGAAAAAUGAAGGGAGGGUAACUACUGAUGUAUGGGUUCCAGGGAAUACCAGGAAUCCUGAAACAUAUGUUUUAAAAGACCAGGAAACUCGUUACCGUCAACGAUAUUUAGAUCUGAUGCUGAAUAUGGAGGUUCGUGAAAUAUUCAAGACACGGGCUAAGAUUAUUUCUUAUGUUAGAAAGUUUCUUGACAAGCGCGACUUCUUGGAGGUAGAAACACCCAUGAUGAAUAUGAUUGCGGGUGGAGCGGCCGCCAAGCCAUUUGAAACCUAUCAUAAUGAAUUGAGCAUGAAAUUGUUUAUGCGCAUUGCCCCUGAGCUUUAUCUUAAGGAGUUGGUAGUUGGUGGGCUGGACCGUGUAUAUGAGAUUGGGAAACAAUUCCGAAAUGAGGGGAUUGAUUUGACUCACAAUCCGGAAUUCACCACAUGUGAAUUUUAUAUGGCUUUUGCGGAUUACAAUGAUCUGAUGAAGCUCACCGAGGACUUGUUUUCUGGAAUGGUCCAGAAGCUAACAGGUGGCUAUAAAAUUAAAUACCAUGCAAAUGGGCUGGACAAGGAUCCAAUAGAGAUUGACUUCACUCCCCCUUUCAGAAGGAUUGACAUGAUAGAAGGGUUGGAAACUGUGGCUAACCUCAAUAUACCUAAGGAUCUUUCAAGUCAAGAAGCAAAUGAGUAUCUGCGAGAUGCAUGCGCAAGAUUUGAUGUCAAGUGUCCCCCUCCUCAAACUACAACGCGGCUGUUAGACAAGCUGGUCGGGCAUUUCUUGGAGGAGACAUGCGUAAAUCCUACUUUUAUCAUAAAUCAUCCAGAGAUAAUGAGCCCAUUGGCUAAGUGGCACAGAUCGAAACCCGGCUUGACAGAGCGUUUUGAACUCUUCGUAAACAAGCAUGAGGUAUGCAAUGCAUAUACAGAACUGAAUGAUCCUGUCGUACAACGUCAACGUUUUGCUGAACAGUUGAAGGAUCGACAGUCAGGUGAUGACGAGGCGAUGGCUUUAGAUGAAACAUUUUGUAUGGCUUUGGAGUAUGGGUUGCCUCCAACUGGCGGUUGGGGAAUGGGGAUCGAUCGACUUACUAUGCUGUUUACCGACUCACAAAAUAUCAAGGAGGUUCUUCUCUUUCCAGCCAUGAGACCUCAAGAUAAGCCACAAGAUAAGCUUCAAGAUGGGCUGCCUUCAUCCAACGCUUAGGAUUGCAAUCAUCAGAGGCUGGCAGUUGAUAUGCAUCUCCCUCCAUUCCUUGCCGUGGACUGAUGUAUGAUAUCACCCUCACAAUUAUCUCAACUGCCCAUUUCUCAAGAGUUCCCUCCCAAUUAUCAUUAAAGGAGCCAGCUUUUUGCCGCCCCUUCUGGUUUUUUAUGACAGAUUAUCUGGUUCUUAUAUGUAUAACUCUCUUUAAUUUUUGGAUUUCAAGUCCAUAUUUAGUAAUUGUUGCUACUGUUGAAGAGCGAAGAAUGUUCGAUGGAUGUGAUUUUGUUUUUGCCUUUAAUUGUAAGAACUGGCUCCACCUGCGAAUGAAUGGUGGGGAAUGAUUUAAUACAGCAUUAGCGAUUUCAGUA